AGAUUGUAGUUGCGAGAUGACAGACUCAUUUUAUUGCAGCAUAUGAACACAGCUGGUCUCGGACUGGCUGAUGGGAAUCUAGCCUCUUCACGCUUGCUGAAUGGAAGCCUAGGACGGUCCUUUUCUUUACCGGUGCAUAUUCCAUGGGCAGACCCUUUGAUACUUACUUGGGACUUCAGAAACUCAUCCGCUGGGAAAAAGAUUCAAAUCUGUACAAAAGCCCUGAACAAUCCAGAAAAAUGCAGCAAUGAGUUUGGACAAAGGAUCCGAUUAAACCUUACCGACUACAGUCUGGAAAUACAGAGCCUGACAAAAAGUGACCAAGGCUGGUAUGAAGUUAAUGCAAGAUCAGAACAGAAUGUUCAUGUAGAAGUGAUGGAACUGCGAGUGUAUGAGCCUGUAUCAAUACCAACGAUAGAGGUCACCAAUGUGCCCUUCAGUGAGACCUGUAAUAUUAGCCUGCAAUGUUCAGCGGAAAAUGGCAGUAACUUAACCUACAGCUGGUGGACAGGAGGAGAGGAGGUUGGAAUUGACAAAUUGCACAGUGUGACCAACGAUGGCAGAAGGCUGCAAAUGUUCGUUUACCCAAACUCUACCAACAGAGCCUAUAACUGCACAGUGAGAAACCCUGUUAGUGAGGCUACAUACAUGAUCACACUUGAACCGCACUGCAAGCAAGGCCAGGAGAAAAAAGAAGUCGUCGAACCACUCCACAUUGGCCUAAUAAUUGCGGCAAUUACCAUAUUUAUCUGUGUCCUGCUUGUAAUAUUCUAUGUGCAGAAGAAGAAGAAACAUUCCAAAUUCAGUGAAGCUCCUAAUACUGAGGGGACAAGUGAACCAGCACUGUAUGCUGACAUCAAGAGAUCGAGCAAUGCCAGGGACCAGUCCCAGGGACAUUUAUGUCAAUUGGAUAUCAACAAAAGGCAGCAAGGUGGAGGAGUUCAACUUACCACAGUAUACGAUGAAAUAAAAUUCAACCCGGAUGUGUCAACACCCAUGACGGAGAAGGGACAAGAAGCAAGUACCAAUGCCUGACUGAUAUCCACUGCUAUACGGAAAAUAACAGGAAGCCUGACAUGGGCUUAACAGUUCCAGUGGUCUCUUGCUUGCCAUGCUCUUGUUUUUACAGCUGACUUGGAUGUGUUCUCUUCUGUGAGAAAGUAGAUCAAGUGCCAAAGAAAGAACUUAGGACUCAAUGUUUGGGACUGAAUGAAAUGAGGGAAAUGAAAACAGUAAGUAUUGGAAAUUCACACUAAAGCCAUCAGUAUGAGGAGAAGAGAACACAUUGGGUGAAACAAGAGAAUGAAAAUGAGGAAAGUAUGUAUGGCAUGGUUCAGAUACAGUGAUGCCUUACAUUUAUAUAGCAUCUUUAACAUGACUGCACUUUCCAAAGUGCUUCACUGUUAUAUAGGAUGAUCAUGGAAACAAUCAAGUAAUUGGUGAAACGGUCAAGAGACAGAGUUCAUUAGAUGAGCUGGAAAGAGGUCAUAGAAAAAUAGAGUUGUACAGCACAGAAGCAGACCCUUUGGUCCUACUCGUCCAUGCUGACCAGAUAUCCUAAAUUAAUUUAGUCCAUUUGUCAGCAUUUGUCCCAUAUCCCUCUAAACCCUUUGUAUUCACAUAUCCAUCCAGAUGCCUUUUAAAUGUUGUAGUUGUACCAGCCUCCACUGGCAGCACAUUCCAUAAACACCCCACCCUCUGUGUGAAAAAAGUUGCACCUUAGGUCCCUUUCAAAUCUUUGCCCUCUCACCUUAAAACUAUGUCCUUUAGUUUUGGACUCCCCUACCUUGGGGGAAAAAAACCAUGGCUAUUCAGCCUAUCCAUGCAUCUCAUGAUUUUGUAAACCUCUAUAAGGUCACCCCUCAGCCUCCAAGGUUCUAGAGAAAAUAGCUCGCCCCAGCCUAUUUAGCUUCUCCCUACAGCUCAAACCCUCCAAUCCUGGCAACAUCCUUGUAAAUCUUUUCUGAACCCUUUCAAGUUUCACAACAUCUUUCCUAUAGCAGGGAGAACAGAAUUGAAAACAAUAUUCCCAAAAUGACCUAACCAAUAUGUUGUACAGCUGUAACACGACAUGCCAACUCCUCUACUCAAUGCAAUGACCAAUAAACACAAGUGUACCAAACUUCUUCUUCACUACCCUGUUAUGUGCAACUCCUCUUUCAUGUAACUAUGAACCUGCACCCCAAGGUCUCUUUGCUGGGUAACACUCCUCAGGACCCGACCAUUAAGUGUAUAAGUCCUGCCCUGAUUUAUCUAAAUUAAACUCUAUCUGCCACUCCUCGUCCCAUUGGCCCAUCUGAUCAAGGUCCCGUUGUACUCUGAGACACCUUCUUCACUGUCCACUACCCCAGUUUUUGUGUCUUCUGCAAGCUUACUAACCACACCUCCUAUAUUCAUAUCCAAAUCAUUAAUAUAAAUGACAAAAAGUAGUGGAGCACUGAUCCUUGCCGCACACUGCCUGGUCACAGGGCCUCUGGUCUGAAAAACAACCUCACCACCACCCUCUGACUACUCCCUUCAAGGCAAUUUUGUAUCCAAAAGACUAUUGUGGUAUUGUGGAUGAGUUGAAAACUGCAAUCAUCUCCAUCAUGUGGUUAUUUCUAAAUUCAUUGCUCAUUCAGUAGAUGCUCAUUCUGUUGUUCAUAGUGAGGGAGGAGAGGAAGCAGCUGGUGGGCUGGGAAAGCCCCAACUGUUUUAUUCAACAAACAGCUCAUGGAUAAUGUUUUUCUCUAAACUGUAGUACCCUGUGAAAUGAGACACUCUUCCUCUUUGUGCUGAAAGUAUUCUCAUUGUAUUCAAGUGUUUAACGCACAAUAGCUGUAUUUACAAGCAGCUGCACAUUCAACAAGAGUCUUUCAAAGCCAGGUACAAAAAUAAGCAUCCACAAACAUUGGUAUACAAUUAACCAUAUGUUAGGUUCUUCAGAAAAUAUGAACUAUAUUGUGAGCUUACAACCCUGUCCUCCGCUAACUAAUUUGCUAACUGAGAUGAAAUUUUAAAAUUAAUUUUAAUUUCAGAGCGUCAAUGAAAAGAGAAAGCCUUGUGGUGCAGCGGUAGCAUUCGCAAUUGUGGGCCACAGUUUCCAAGCUCAAGUCCAAUCUCAGACCAGGCAGUAAAAGCAUGAAAUUUUCAUGAUUAGCCAGAAUGAUGCGGUAGCUACAGCUUGAUAGCCCCUGCAUGAUGAAUGGAGGUGAGGUGUUCCAAGUCAGUGCAAAGAGAACAUGCAGGAUUAGUAGUGAACGAGAGGCGCAGAUUGUGGUUGGGGUGCAUGAAUGCAAGUGAGGGAAAAUGCUGCAUUCAAUUUUAAGAGUAGUAGCCCACGAGCCUUGGUAGGCAGUGGAUGCAGUAGCAGAGUUAGAGUGAGUGUGAGGGAGCAUACAGAAGACAGUGGCAGUUAUUCCCACAGAGUAGAAAAGAUCAUUAAAGUUCUUGCAGCAUGCAAAGUGUUUCUUCAGACCUUGAACACUCCGCUAACCUUGGUGGCAACUUCAGACCAGGCUAGCAGGGUGAGGUGUCAUGGUCUCCUCUGGUCCUAAAGCUAGAGGAUGGCACUUCUCUGCACCGCCCUGUCCACCAGGACCUUCAAAUUAAUGUGAAGCUAACUUCUCUUUAUCAGCAAUUUCUGGGGUAGUUUCCCAUACACAGGAACCAUGAAGUUCAGCUCCUGACUGACAGGACUUAACCAUGGUUGCGUUUUUUUUAAAAUGGCACCAUGAAUAUUGGGAAGUCACGGCAGUGUUAAGGGUACUUUCAUUACUGCUGAGUGCGUCACAAUGCAAGUGGGGCUCCUUCGAAUGGUAGUGCAUAGUUAACGAGGCAAUUUGUGGGGAAUAGCAUGAGAAAACUUACCAGAGCUCAGAGAGACAAAUCCUCUAUGAAACUCCCUGAAACUGAUACUUAGCUAAUUUUUGGUAAAAUGAGAUAUCUCUAAAUGAAAUAGUCCCAUCUGGCAACAAAUGAAGUUUUGUUCUAUACGCAGAUUUAGAGCAUAGUGAAAGACGUGGUGCAAUUUGAUAGUAAUGGUGGUAAAACAUUUCACAACUCAGGAUUUAUUUUCAUAAAUCUCAAACCUAGUGAACUCAUGUUUGACAAAAAUAAUGAAAGUACAGUCUGAUGUGCACUGGAGAUGAUAUAUCUGGCAGCUACAUCCCUGCAUCAUACGAGACAGAGAACUGCAAAACACAAAAUUGAUUUUAGUUUAGAUAUUUUUGAUAUGUGAAUUGAGUCCUGAUGGGAUACGUAUGUAUAUACUUCCUAAAGGAAAGCUGAUGCCAUGAUCCUUCUGGGAAAUGGAAACAGGAAAGAUUCUAUAAUGGAUGGCUAAUCCACAAAGCUAGUUUACGUCCUGCUGGAUGGGAUAUGUUAAAUAAUUAUGGUAGUGUAGUGGAAAUGAAGUGGAUUAACAAUCCAAAUUCUCAGACCAGUGUUCUGGGGACAGGGGGUUUGAAUCUCACCAUAGCAGAUGGUGAAAUUUAAAUUCAAUACAAUCGGGAAUUAAAGUUCAUAUAAUGUGACCUUGUAAUCACUGUCAAUUGUCGUAAAAUAAAGCCGUCUGGUGCACUAAUGUCCUUUAGGGAAGGAAAUCUGCUGUUCUUGCUUGGUCUGGACUACAUGUGAUUCCAGAUCCAUGACAAUUUGGUUGAGCCUGAACAGCCCUCUGGGCAACUGAGGAUAGGCAAUAAAUCCUGACCUAGCCAGCAAUGCAUUACCCAAGAAUGAAUAGAUUUUUUUCGAAAAAGGCUCUUUGAGUUUCAGGUUUUUCAUGAGGUAGUUUACGUCUUGGGCAGGGUUUGCAGAUUGGAAGUCCUUCUUGGCCUGGCUAUAAUAGCCAGUAACCAGUCCAGGUAGCAGACCAUGAAAAGUAUUGUUGAAUCUCACAGCCUACCUUACUUUCAACAUGAUAUCGCACCUUACCUAACCUAUGGUUCUAAAUGGGUUGGAGUGCAUCAUUCCACGCUGACGCCCUGUCCCGCCUGCCAAAACCAAGUGUAAAUUUCCUUUGACUAUCCGAUGUUAUGUGAUGUUAUAGUGCUUCUUUAAAUGCUAUACCUUUUAAGUUAAUUGAUUAAUUUGUUCUAUAUUUUGCAAAAGAGUUUCCAGGAGUAAAAAUUGUCAAUUUGUAAUGUGUGACUCGAAAUAAAAUUUUUAAUGAUAAAUAAAAUCUAAAUAAAAGUC